AUGAGAGUGAUUAAGGACAAUGCAAGGGAAACAAGGCUAAUGAGUAUGAUUGCACAAGAUAUGAGUGGUAGGAAAAUGCAACUUGCUUUGUGGGAUGGUUUUGCAUUGAAGUUGAACAGCUACAUACCUGGUAAAGCUCAAUACUUAGGGUGUGAUGGUGAACCAUUAAAUUGUGAUGGCUCCGGAGGAGUUUCUGAUGUGUACGACAAGGUAAGGGUCGUAAUACGUGUUGAAGAUGAAAAUGGGUCUGCUUCUUUUGUAUUGUUUGACCAUCAUGAUCAAGGACGCCAAAAGAUCCCCGAUGAGUUCAAUAUCAUGCUUAAUAGGAAGUUUGUUUUUAAAGUUCAGAUUUCAAAGUUUAAUCUCCAGAACAAUUAUCACGGCUACACUGUUAAUAAGAUGAUUGAUGAUGAACUUGUAGUUGUUGCAGUUUUCAAACAUUCACCUGCAUACGAAGAAGACAACAUUCAUUCUGAUGUGACACUGACAACUACUUCACUCAAACGGCCUAUUGAGAUUGUUACCACCAGUGAAUCAUUUGAAUGCUCUUGCUCAAAAGAUGGUAUUACUCCUCAUACCCUCAAGCUCUAA